UGCAACUUUUGCUUGCUCUUCCUAUUUUCCCGAACGGACCAAGAAAUCGAUUCAAUCCCCCGUCUUUUUUCAACCUUACAACCCUACAUCUGUUUCUACCUUCUACUGUCCACUACCAGACCCGGAAAACACUGAUUCAAAAUGCCUCGUCAACGCUCCGCCGGCCGCCCUGCUGCUGCUCCCGCCCGUCCCUCCCUUCCCGCUCGCGCUGCUCCCGCGCCCACGCAGCAGCAGACUCGUCCUGCCACAACAUAUGCCCCAGCCCAGGCUCCUCCUGCGCCCGCGCCCGCGCCCGCGCCCGCGCCCACCGCAUCUCAGGGCCCGGGUCUCUUUGGCCAGAUGGCCAGCACCGCAGCCGGUGUAGCAGUCGGCUCAUCCAUCGGCCACGCCAUCGGCGGUCUCUUCAGCGGCGGCUCCAGCGCCCCGGCCGAAGCCGCCCCCCAGCAGACGAACACGCAGAACCACAACGAGCAGUACUCCAACAACUGCGCCGGUGCCGCCGAGAGCUUCACCAAGUGCAUGGACGACAACAACGGAAACAUGCAGAUCUGCAACUGGUACCUCGAGCAGCUCAAGGCCUGCCAGGCUGCUGCUAAGCAGUACUAAACUUAACAACAUAACCAAGGAGCCUGUGUCGUGUGUUUUGGCUGUUGUCUGCUGAGAAGAGGAGAGCAGGGGAAAAAACUGGACUAUUCAGGAGGGGGAGAUGGGAACGACCACCCACGUACUCGCCACUCUUCUCUGUCAGAUGCGAGAUUUAGUCCAUAACGAAGACACGAGAACAUUCUACUCUUUUAGAUCCUCUUUUAGACUGAGCUAAGACAUUGUUACGUUGCUUUGCUUUGCUUUGCUUUGCUUUACGACGAUCUCCCCCCCUUGAUGUAUAUAUCAUGCCAAAUGCCAUAACAGCCUAUAUCACCUCGGCUAUCUUUUAAAUAGCGGAGAUCAAGCGUUGGCGGCUUUGAUGCUCAAGUCAUUUAGCUGGUCUCGAUAACCUGAUGUAGAUGAUGUCGGACAUCGCGCCUUUGUAUAAAUACAGCACUCUCCAUGGAGCAAAAAAAAAAAAAAAAAAAAA